AUGGAAUCAGUUGAUAAGGAUGCAUUCUCAUCAAGCCUUACCAGGAAGGAAAAGGAGAGUCUUUUCAUUGAUGUAGAUAGGGAAAAUCAUGUCUCUAAUGUGAUGAAAAAGCGAGCUGUUUUGACACAGCGUGCUGUCAAUAAUGUUGAGCUGAGCAUUGAAGAUUUUGCAACUGUUGUUGUGGUCUCUCCAAGUGGGGAUACUGCUACAGAAGGUGUUGAAGUUGAAUAUGAGGAAGAUGAAGCAGAUGAAAUAUUCAUAGAAUUUAUUCCGCCCCCAGUAUCGAGGCCGGUGCAGCAACAUACGUCUCAAGGACGUGAAAAAUUGUUCUUAACUGAGGACGGGAUAAUUGAUCUAAACUCUUCAGAACAUGAGGAAGUGGCAGAACAGUCCAAUCAUUGGUCAGAAGGGGAAACUGGUGAUGCGCAUUUUCAUGAUGGAUUCAUUACUGUUACGAGAAGAUGA